CCUGACUUAAGGUUCGAGAACAAAUUCCACCCCACCUAUCUACGUCAUUUUCUGUCAAAAUAUAAACAAAUCUUUUCACUUCCUUGCAUAUCAUAUCUAUUUUCUUACAUAAAUGGCAUCAACUUCAGCAAAAAAGCCGACCAGUGCUGCACCCAGGAAGAAAUCGGGCCCAAAAUUCGAGCUGAGCGAAGACCAAAAAAAUGAUAUCAGAGAGGCUUUUGAUCUGUUCGACAGCGAAGGAACUGGCAAAAUCGACUCCAAAGACCUAAAAGUCGCUAUUAGAGCCCUUGGAUUUGAGCCCAAGAAAGAAGAAAUCAAAAAAAUGAUCGCCGAUAUAGACAAAGAUGGCACGGGGCAAAUAUCUUUCGACGACUUUCUGCAACUGAUGUCCAUGAAGAUGGCUGAGAAAGAUUCCAAGGAAGAGAUACUUAAAGCAUUUCGUUUGUUUGAUGAUGAUGAAACUGGCAAAAUUACGUUCAAGAACUUGAAACGUGUAGCAAAAGAGCUUGGGGAAAAUUUGACAGAUGAAGAAUUACAAGAGAUGAUUGAUGAAGCUGAUAGGGAUGGAGAUGGUGAAAUUAACCAAGAAGAUUUUCUUAGGAUCAUGAAGAAAACUAGUUUAUAUUGAAUCUUUUUAGUCAUACUAUAUUGGCUUUGUUAUUACUGUUAUCUGUAUUGAUUUGUGUGUAUCUGCACAUUUGUGAAUUGUUUGUUUUUUAUAUGAUUUAUGCCACUGAGGAUGUGUGUUGCACAAUUUUGCAUUAUAUUAAUGUAAUUAUUUAAUCUAAAGGACCUUAAUUUUUGUUAGCAUUAUAAAUUAUAAGUUUUCCAUGAUUUUUAUAUGAUCUUAUUCUUCUAUGUGUGAUAUAUUUUUGUGAAUAAAGCUCUAGACUGCUUUUAA